GAAGUGAUUUUUUUCUAUUAUUUUGAAAAUCAUGGAAUCACCAUCAUUAUUAUCAAUUCAAUCAAUGAUUUCUACCAAUAAUAAUAAUACCGAUGCAAAUAUGAAUGAAAAUUUUCAUUCAUGGUUUGAAUUGAUUGGGACAUUAUUCUUUGAUUAUCCAAUAAAUCUUGAGAAAUUAACAAAAUAUUUUCGUAAUAAUUGGCAAAUAAGUAUUUAUUAUUCAGCAUUAUAUUUAAUAUUGGUUUUAAUUGGAACCCGGUGGAUGAAAAAUCGACAACCAUAUAAUCUUCGUUUAUUAUUAGCCAUAUGGAGUGGUACAUUAUCAUUGUUUUCCAUGGUUGGCACAAUCAAUACAUGGCCUGAAUUUGUGAAAAUGUUCUGGCAUAAUGGAUUUGUUUCAACAUAUUGUAAUAAUUCCUAUAUCGAUGAUGAUAAUCUGAUAUUUUGGUAUACAAUAUUUUCAUUGUCAAAAUUACUUGAAUUAUUCGAUACGGCAUUUAUUGUGUUACGUAAACAAAACUUAUUGACAUUACAUUGGAUACAUCAUAUAUUGACAUUUGUCUAUACAUUUUAUAUAUUUGGAUUCAAAGCUGCAACUGCCCGAUGGAUGGUAACAAUGAAUUUAGCUGUUCAUUCGGUAAUGUAUGGUUAUUAUGCAUUACGUGCCAUGAAAAUAUCCAUACCUCGACAGAUUGCAAUGGCAAUUACUGGUGCCCAAAUUGUACAGAUGAUAUUCGGUUUGAUUAUCCAUGGCCAUAUAACAUGGUUGAAAUUAUUUUCCAAACAACAACAAUGUGAUUGUCCAUUCAAUGGUAUCAUCUAUGGUCUAUUAAUGUAUCUGUUAUAUUUUUAUUUUUUUGUUCAAUUUUUUAUCGAUUCAUAUUUUAACAAACCAACAAAAACCACGAAACAAUCAAAAGAAAAUGGUGAAAUUGGUUAUUGUCAAAAAUCAUCAACAAAAGAAUAUAGUUCAGAUAAAUGCUAUAUUGAUGAUAUUAUUAAUAAUAAUAUUAAUCAUCUCCAACAUCACGAUAGAAAAAUGAAAAAAUUUCAAUAACGAAAUUGUUA